ACUCGAGUAAACAUCUUCGCAACACGAAUCAUCAUUUCGCAAUGGCGCUUCAACCUACCCCAGAUCAGAAGAUCGAUCGUCAGACGACUACCCCAUUCCUCCUGCGACUGUACUACCGAUCCAAUGGCUUCCACUCACCGAACGAGUUCUCGACAGUGCCGCCGCCAUCGUGGUUACAACAAUCGAGCCUUCAAAUCUACACCUGGCCUUCUUGCACUCUCGCCGAAUUGACCACACUCCUCACCACCGCCCUGCCCAGCUUACUCCCAUCACCUUCGGUCGGCACGCGCAUUGGCUACCGUCUGGUCUUUCCGGAUACGCGUAGUGUCCCUGCAUCAGGCGGAUCAGAUGCUCCAGGACGAUGGUUAUCAAAAGAGCUGGGUAGUGUGAUUCUGGGUCACGGCGACGACUACGAUCAAGAGAACGAUCCUGCCGCUCUCGGACGUAUGGAUGGUGAUGCGCAAAAGACGCUCGCAGAUGCGCGCUUCGUCAUUGGCGACUACAUUUCGUGCGCCGUCUUCCCACCCUUGGCCGAUGGUUCCGUCGCUCCUCUACCACCUGCCACCCCUGCCAUCAGAGGCACAUCUGGUCGAGGCGGUCCACCACGCGGCGAGAACGGCCGUCCACCUAGAUCAGGAAGAGGCGGAGACAGAGCUUUUGGUCCUAUGGGCGUCCCUCACGGAGAAUGGAGACGAGGCGAAAGAGUCCCGGAAUACGCUCGCUCGGGUAGAGGCGGUAGCGGUGGUGAACGUGAGCGUGGAGGAGGAAGAAACAGACCCUAUUGAAGGAUGCGACAAGACAGCACUUGCUUCUACACAACCCUCUCCGCGACACACCUGACGCCUUGAGCAGACACAACCCCACUCUGCAUGUCAACUGAGUAUUAGGGAUAACAUCUGCCGGCGUGUAGCGCACAUCGCGUCCAAUAGGCCAGCAGUUGAGUCGUUCCCAAGGUCAUUGUGCGCUUCGCCAUGGAGCGCAUCUCUGUCUUACCGAGUCCUGCUGGCGAGAUGCGCCCAUGCUACAUAUGAGACACGGUGUAGACGGCCACAGAGCCCCUCGUCUCUGCUGGUGAGUUUGCCGAAAGUUCUCGUCCGAAAAAAUCUUAUCGAAAGGCCAUAUGAAUUGGCCGUCGAUAACAUGAUACUGCAGCGUACUCUAAUAACGCGGUAAAGACUGUUCGAUAGAAACAAUCAAAAUUUGCUCACCUUCAAUUCCAAC